UACUCGAGCCACAAAAUGGUGAUUUGCCGAGAGUCAUGUCAUUGAAUGCUCCUACAACUCCUACUCAUCCUGCUGCAAAUGAAGAAAUCCGCUAUCUUCCAGAAGGCCAGUUGGACAUCGACUUGAAUCCUGACUUGGAUGAUGAUGACGAUGAUGACCAAGUCAUGGAUAGCAAUCACAUGGACGUUGAGGGUGGGUUUAUUAAAGACCAAAGCAUAGAUCAAACCCACCAAUUAUCACAACACCAUGACAUUGAGCCAGAUACACAACCACGGGGGUCUCCAAAACCGAACCUCCUCAUCGAUUUCCGUGGUAUAACACCCACUUUCGAAGAAUCAUAUGAAGCCACUAGAUUGCAUUUCACAGCCCAUGAAGAAAUUACAGGUCCACAGCAGAGCAAGCUCAUCAACUACUUGGAUGAGCAACUUCUCAAGAUCCAACGGGUGUUUAUCAAAACGCAGUCAGGUGAAAUCAACCUGACCAUUGGUUCUAUUAUUGAGCCAUUAUACACCAAUGCCAAAUUGGUAUGGCUUUCCAUAUCACCUGGUUCUCAUGGUAAUGUGGAGUACUUUAUUAAGAUCCUCAAUGAUCUCGAGGACUAUGUAAGCUUCUACAACCUCAAUAUCGGCGAUCGUCGUGAGUUUUUUGAGUUUCUUCAAUUUCUAGAUGUCAAGUUAAGCUACUUGCACGAUGUGGGACUUUUCAGCUCCACCGGGCUAAUCAGAGUGGUAUCUAUAAUAUCUCGACUCAGGAUUGUAAUCAUCGACAAGUUUAGCCAAAGCGAGUCUAGAGGGGAGGUAGAAACCGAGGUAUCCAGGUUAUUCGAAGGGCUCCUAGAACGGUCUUGAUAUAUGUGUAUAGUUAAUGAAUUACGAUCUCAUCUCG